CCACGGCGUCACCUGUACCUAAUCGGGGUGCCUAUGAUACCCGUGACUUACGUGUUCAUGUCUGCGGUCGUGGCUGCCUACCUCUACGGACCGUACGCCGAGCCCUCUGUUUUGCACGAAGCAAAACUGACGUUUGUAGUCCCAGUAUGGCGGCCUUUUAUGCUUCCGCCGUUGUACGUUGGCAACAUCUACCAGCUGGCUUACGUACUACUGACGCUAUUUACGGUCGGCCGGAGGCUAGAACGGGACUUGGGCAGGCGCAGGUUCGCAUUGUUAACGCCCCUACUGCUGUUUGCGGUGAGCGUGCUCCGCGACGGCCUGAGGUUCGUCGUCUGGAAACACCAGCUUGCCUUCUGGAGCACCGCACCGCCUCCGGCACCGCAUUCGGGCGAGUGUUGCUGCGGUCUCGUCGGCACGCUGCUUGCGCUGAAGGCCAUCCACCACGGCCUUCACCCGGACGCUGCUUACCGGCUAGGAACCGUCUGCAUCCGAGUGAGCUUCUGGCUGGGUCUGCUGCUGGAACUGACACACUUCCUGUUGCUCGCGCGAGAAGGCUCCACGUUUGGACACGUGAUCGGGGCCCUAUUGGGACUCUUGGUUUCUCGUUUGUUGCGAGACCGCCGAUGGUUCGAUCGUCAUCCAUCUACGACUGGAAGCUCCUCGGCACUCGGAAGCUCUCAAGAAUACGAGCAACCUCCGCCUCCCGGCCCUGACUGAUAAGGGUGCUUAGGGAUGUGCAGGCUGCGCUGAAAUUACAGUGAAUCAGAAAGACAGGCGAAUGCUUUCACCCAAACUUUCCCCUUGUGUCCAUUCGUCACCGGUAGCUAUAUGCGAAUGUUUUAAUAUUUCGAAUAACAAAUUGAACUAUUGCCCUAUUGGAUUCGGUCUUCAACCAAGUAUAUAAUUAGUUUCAUCGUACUUUUGGCAAGAGCGCAAAAGCAACACUGGACAAAAGAAAAAAAAACACGAUAACACGGCGCUGACUCACAAAUGAUAUUGUGUUCAGGAAGGUCACACACGUAUAUAUGAACCAACGUCCAAAAAAAACCCGGGCAGGCGCAGGAAACAUUAAACGCUUCGAUGAUGCAAUUAUAUGAAUGGUAUAAAUAGCGAAACUUCCUCGGGAAGAAUGACUAAUGGUUCACGUUUUAUAUUGAUCCCCCUUAGUCUUUAUGUUGUAUGCUUCUGCUAUUUCUCUUGCCAUGUGGCUUGCGUUUUUGAAGGUAAUAGAAGUUUCAAUAAAUAUAGAAACACAGCUACAUGACUUGCAAUGCACAGGAAGAUGUAGCGGUGCAGCCCCUUGUAGCGAUAACUCAUGCUCUCUAAGACGAACAUUAACGCAGCGCUUCGUUUGUCCAACCUAUUCAUUACCAUACGACAGAGGAAUGACGUACACUACUCAGUUCGCACAUGCGAUGCACUUGUUGACAUGGUUCACUGUACAUCCGCCCGUUGCCUGCUUAUCUGUUAGCAUUUUGUCAACUCUAGAGCAGAUGUGUCCUACCUUAUUUCUUGCAGAAAACAGCACAUCUACGCUGUACCGGGAACCAACAUUCUUUAAGCCAUGUGCCAUUUUAUGUGUGUACGGAAUUACCGCACGUCUUUGUUUGCUUCGCUUACUUGUGAUCCCAUUCAAAUUUCUUAUGGGCGCGCCUAAUGCUGGAAACAAUACCUCCACAAACAGAGGU